UAUGCACGCACGAGAUUGCACAUUAUUUGUUUCAAACUUGUACCCUUUUGAAUAUAAUUAUAAUCCCCCGCUUGACAGUACUUCCGUGCUUACGAUACAACAUGCGAGAUAAAAGAAAAACUAGGCCAAACGAAAGGGUAUUAGCGUCUUAUCGUAAUACCGCCAGGAUUUAAAAAGGAGUCUCCGUUUUGCGGCAUCAGUAAUUUAAUUGCUGUGACCAUUGUUCACAGUUUUAAUGAUCUGCACUACUCGCAAUCAAUUCUUUGCUCAUAACGAUAUUAAAUACCGCUUAAGUAAGAUGUCACCGAAUCUAGUGUGGAAACAAAUCUUCAUUCUUGUUACAUUGCGAUAUUCUGUUUAUUCGCAACAAUGGGACAGCGGUUUGCGUCAAAGAUAUGAUGGCUACGGAGAGGAUUGGAUUUUUAUGCCUGACGGCAAUGGACAGCCUCAAGUAGCAGUGUUAAAAGUCCAAGACAACGAAAGGAGAGGCAUAUUAGACUCAGAAAUAGCUUACAUAAUUUACACUCGAUCUAAUUCGGAAAAAGGCAUACGAGUGACUUUAAAUGACACCUCAAACCUUGCUGGUUCCGACUUCAAAGCCUCGCGAAAAACAAAAUUCAUAACUCACGGAUGGAAGUCGAGCGCCAUGAGUACCAGUCUUAUCAAUAUGAAAGAAGCUUUUCUCACUCACGGCGAUUACAAUGUCAUUCUUGUGGACUGGGAACCAUUGGCUGCGAGUACAUUUUAUUUGGGACCGAUGCAUAACACCGCAAGAGUCGGGACUAACGCCGCCAACUUCAUAGACUUCUUAAUGAGAGAGACUGGACUGAAAACGGAAGACGUUCACUUUAUCGGUCAUUCUCUUGGUGCACACGUGGCUGGGAAUGCGGGCGGUGCGAUGACUUCCGGGAAAUUGAGCAGAGUAACAGGUUUGGAUCCAGCGUUGCCGGGAUUCCACAUACUCGCCUCCGAGAAAACUCGCUUGGAUCCCACAGAUGCAGUAUUCGUCGACGUCAUACAUUCCUGCGGCGGUGUGUUAGGCUUUCUUCAACCGCUUGGAAAAGCAGACUUUUAUCCAAACGCUGGUACGGCGAUUCAGCCCGGAUGCUGCUGCGUUCCUGAGAUAAUGGAGGCUUGUAGUCAUGGGCGAUCAUACGCAUACUUUACGGAAAGUAUAAAUUCGAAAACAGGACUACCGGCUAAGAAAUGCGAUAAUUGGGAUUCAUAUUUAAGCGGCAAAUGUGACAAUUCGCAAGUAGUACUCAUGGGAGAGCAUGUUGAACAUACCGCCGAGGGUCUAUAUUUUCUUAGAACGAGAUCGGAUCCGCCUUACGCGCAUGUAUCAGAAGUAACUAACAAUAAUGUAUCUAAAUGAAAAUUAUUUACAAGCAAUC